UUACACUCAUGUCACGUAGCAAUUAUAUUUUGUGAAACGUAGUGGUUAUAUUCUCUUUGUUUGUAAUUAUUUGUGAAUACAAAAUAAAUUAAUGAUUUUGUCCUUUUAUUCAUACAAUACAAAAAUACUCGAAGUUCGAAGAUAAUGACUGACGAGAGCGCGAAUAUAUCAGCAAAAACAAGAGCCAGAGCUCUAGAACCAAUUAACAAACAUGGAUACAUGGAUGGUGCAGCUGAUGGACAGAAUGCUGCAUUUCAAACCAGUUUUAACAUUGGCUAUGAACAAGGUUUCAGCUUUGGCAUAGAGUUAGGAUUCAAUGAAACCCUAGCACAAUACCAAAAUGAACCACCUGUGAUGGCUGUGAUGAAUUUGCAAGAUCCAAGACGGAUAAAUUGUCAAAUGUGUAUAACUGGGUCAGGAGCUCAGGAGAACAUUGUCAAUUUAUACAAUGCACAAAAAGAAAAGAAUGAUCUCUAUUUAAGUAAUAAACAAUCAAGUAAAGUAACAUAAAUCAAAA